UGACCGAGGGGGCGGGCCCGGUGCGGCCCGCCGGGGUCUGCGGUGUGAGCUGGGAGAGGUCUUGCUUGCUGCUUCCCGCUCGGAGGGGCUGGAGCCGGGGUGCGGAUGCUGGAAGUUCACAUCCCGUCGGUGGGACCCGAGGAUCCCAGGCAGAGCCCAGAGAAAGGCCACAUGGUGUUCCGAGUGGAAGUGCUGUGCCGCGGGCGCAGGCACAUCGUGCAGAGGCGCUACAGCGAGUUCCACGCGCUGCACAAGCGGAUCAAGAAACUGUGCAAAGUGCCCGACUUCCCCUCAAAACGCCUGCCUAACUGGAGGAGCAGAGGAUUGGAGCAGCGGCGGCAAGGCUUGGAGGCCUAUAUCCAGGGUGUCCUGUACCUGAACCAGGAUGUGCCCAAGGAGUUACUGGAAUUCCUGAAUCUUCGGCACUUCCCCACAGACUCUAAGGCCAGCAGCUGGGGCGCCCUGGGGGAGUUCCUGCCGCAUGACAGCAGCUCCCAGCUGCACCACCGGCCUGUCAUCAGCUUCUACACCGAUCCCUAUAUUUGCAGCCCAUCCUCAGAGCCUCUGCCCAACGUGGUGGUGAAUGGCGUACUCCAGGGCCUCUACGGCUUCAGCAACAGGCCAGCUGAAGCUCAGCCAGAGGCAUCUUGUCAUCCUGCUCCUUUGCCAACGAUGCCCUGACCAGCCCGGAGGCCUAUGGGCCCCCUGCCAGGACAGGCACAUGCCUCAGUGUAUGUGCUCCCUUCUCAGAGAAGGCGGGGUCCCCCCAGCCCAGACCCAGGACUUACCCACCCUAGGUGUCAGGGCAGGGACAACAGGGGAUAAGGAAUAAAGGGAGAAGUACAUUUAGAGGUAGGCAAUGAAAAGGAAGAGGUGUAUUUCUUCCCCUACACCAGAAGGGGGCAAGGGGCAAAAAGUGGCACCUUAGUGGCAAAGGUUAGAAGCAAGGAGCAAAAAGUUUCUGAUUGCUAUUUGUGAGUAGUUAUUGGGGAAGGAGCGUUCAGACCAGAGCCCCCAAACAGGGGACAGCACCCCCUGCCACCGGAUCCCAGACAUUCUGGGACAGGGACUUCAGCAGCUGUUGCAGGCCCAAGACUCCAGCCCACACAGUGAUUAUAAAAAAAAAAACCAUCUUUUUUUUUUAAUUGGUCAGCAUUGGUAGGACUUUGUUACAAAACCAGGCCGGUAGGUAGGCCUACGGAAUGUGCGGGGAGGGGUCCACUCUGUCAGAGGCCAGCACUGGGGCCAGAGCAGCACAGAACCCUGCGGCAGCCGGUCUCCACCCAGGGGAAGGCAACAGGGCUGCACAGAUGGUGGCUCAAAGGGAAGAGGUCCUGGGGGCCCUACUCCUUGGCGAUGGCGAAGGGCUUCUCCACCUCGAUCUUGCCACAGUCUGCAAUCGUCACAUCCUUCAGGGGCUUGUCCCGACUGUCAGUCUUGGUGCUCUCCACCUUCCGUACUACCUCCUGGGAAGGUAGAGCAGAGCCGAGUCAGGAGGUCCACCCCUCAAAGGAGAAAGGCUCCAGAAUCUGGCCGAGAAAAUCUGCCCCCCAUGGGAGAAAGAGCAGGCAAACUGUGGGGCCCCCAAAACCUAAUGGAAUCCUAGCCGGGGAGACCCUAGCUGUAACAUGAGGAGGCAGUAGUUUUGAUCCUCUGCAGCAGGACUAGGCAGAGCUAAGGGAGAAGAGGGGGGUGGCUGGGGAGUGGGUACCCAGUGGCCUCUCCGGGAUUAUAGUGUGUUCGGCUGGGUUCUGCACAACAGAGGGUAGUGCCAGCCUCUCAUUGAGCAAGUGAAAUAGAGGCCCCUGUCCUUGUGCAGGCCACAAAAAUUGAGAACUUGGGGGCAGAGACACAUAGGGUAGUUCCUGAUUCCUUCCAGAUUUGGACAUAGGAACACUGGCAAUCUAUGGGUCCCUACUGGGAAAGGGAUAAACUACAUGGUGCCCCUGCCCAUGAAUGUCCAUUUCCUGGGGAAGGCCACCCAGGUUUAGCCCCUGCCCCCCAAACUCACCAUGCCUUCCAGAACUUUGCCGAAUACCACGUGCUUGCCAUCUAGCCAGGCUGUCUUCACCGUCGUGAUAAAGAACUGGGAGCCAUUGGUGUCUUUGCCUGCAUUGGCCAUGCUCACCCAGCCAGGCCCGUAGUGUUUCAGCUUGAAGUUCUCAUCAGGGAAGCGUUCACCAUAGAUGCUCUUUCCUGGGAAGAAAGAGUAGAGCAAGGAGCUGAGCUGGCCCAAAUCAAGCAUCCUUUGGGGUGAGGAUUCCAGGGACUCAACCUGUCUUUGGUCAGGCCAGGCUCCAGUGGAUUAUAAGGACAUAAAAGCUGUUCACUUCCUUCCCUCUGGUCUCAGAGCCAAACCAUGCUGACAGACCAAGUGGGGCAUGAGGCCAGACUGAUUUAGUGAACACCUUAUCCCAUUGGUUACUUUGAAAACAUAACUGAGUGGCUUUUAAAUAAGGCAAAGAUCGACAGCUACUCUUGGCUAUGGCUGGAGAGGUCUGCCACAGGAACUCUGAAGUACUCUGGUAUAGAGAGGUGCUUUGCAGAAGCAAAGAAAAGGACAGCUGUGGCUGAUCAGCUUUUCUUUCUCAGAGCACAUAAGAUAACUGAGAUGAGUGGGGAGGGGCUGCCACUUGGGUUCUGGAUAAUCAAGCGCCUCUUACCACUAACACAAAAUAAAAGCUGGGUGUUGAUGUGUAUAGUGUGUCUACCCACAAAGGAUCUGAGGCCCAGGUACAUGACGAAGGGAGCUGGGCAGACCCUGACACCAUUUCAGAAAUCCUCAUACUUAAGUUCCCAGAGCUGCUUCCGGGAGAAAUCCUGCCCCCUACUUUCUCCCUGUCUCCUCUUGGGAGAUUCACAGUGUGCAUUCGUGACUAUAGGUCCUGGAAAAACCCAGUAACAAGCUACACUGUUUUACCCAACACCUUUCAAACUCACGUACAAAACCUGUACCUAUUUGUGGCAACUCCUGGGUCAAGUGCUGGCUCAGAGUCUCCUCUCCAUGAGAGUCUUCCUUGUAAAUCUCCGGCAUCUGCAGGGUUUCUGCCAGAAACCCCCCACAGCUCCCUCUAUGGAAUAACUCUUCGUUUUAAACUCAAUAUAUUUCAUCAUUUUUCCCUCCAGA